UUCCGGCAAUUUCACAAUGCCCUUCAAGGACUCGGAGAGAAUUCAGCACUAUUACGACUACUUUCUCGAGAGGGUGUUCAAUCCCGGUGACCUGAUAACCACCUUAUUCUCUAAAGGUGUUCUUGAUCUCGACAGAAAAACCCGUAUACUUAAUACAGAGACCGGUAGACCUAGAGUAGAAAAACUACUGGACAUCUUAAUGACAGAAUGUGGUGACUGUUAUCAGAUAUUCCUAGAGGCUUUAAGAGAAAGGGGUUUUGGGCCGAUAGCAGAUAAAUUAGGUGAACAAUCUCCUGCAUAUAUCAGAGUGGCACUCAUUGGCAAGACUGGAGUUGGUAAAAGCCACUUGGGAAAUUUACUCCUAAAUAAAAAUUAUUUUGAGUGCAGCAAUUCGCUUCAUUCGUGUACACCAGUCUGUUCAAAUGGAGAACGCGCUUUAGAUGAAGAUACUAACUUGACCAUCAUGGAUACUCCAGGUCUUUUUGAUACAAGAGAUAACAAUACAGAAACGGUUAAAAAAUUUCUUUCCAUCUUCAAAUUUACUGGUAUUCACAUAUUUUUAAUGGUUGUCAGAAUUGAUGUGAGGUUUACAGAAGAGGACGAAAAUGCCCUGCAGUCUCUAUGCGACGUGUUUGGCGAAGACAUAAAUGACCAUCUUAUUGUCAUAAUGAAUAACCAGAGCCAGGGGAUCAAAUCCAAAGAAAACUUGCUUCCUGAAUUACCGACGUCGUUAAGAGAUAUUUUAGAUCGUUGUAAAGACAGAUGUUUAGUUGUAAAUUAUGCUACUGAUGUCACGGUCGAUGGUAACGAAGAGAUCGAAGCCAUUAUAAACACUAUACAAUCAACCGUUACUGAAAACAAAGGGCGCUCCUAUACACAUCAAAUGUACAAGGAAGCUGAAAAGGCAUACACCGAAACACUUAAAAAACAAACAUGUGAUUUCGAGAAGACAAUCAGACGACUCCAAUGUAAAAUUUAUGAGUUGAAAAAAUCUAGUGUAUCAACUAUAACACUACCAAAACCUAAACGAGAAAAAACUAAAUACCAAACAGAUGCCGAAAAUUUACUUCAUGAUGCCUCAAGUAAGCAGUUUGUAGAGACAAGAGCUUUCAGAGAAGGGAGGCGUAUUUUGGAAAAACAUUUUAUCUUGGGUAUAAUUGGCGCUGUAGGAGAUGGUAAAACAGUAAUGUGUCGGAUGGUCGCCAAUUCGUUCUUGACGGUUCAUAGAAAUUUUAUUCCAUUGGAAAUAGGACACCCGAGGGACCUGGAUUCCGUAACUUUUACAGAUGAGGAUAGCUACUUAUUGAUUAUUGAUGUAAUGUUUGGUAUAUGGACACGUACAAUAAAAGAACAAAUGCAAGAAUGGCCAAAAAAUUUUGAGUUAUUAUAUUUAGCAAAACAAAAGCCUUCAUGA